CGUUAUGGAACAUUAACUUUGAAAUUCCGCGGACUGAAAAGUAUGCACUUGGCUAUUUUAGGGAUGCUAAUACCGGCUGCUCCUUGAAUCGUUAGAGAUUCUUGAGUGUUGCCGUUUAAACUGAGUGGCGUGGAGAACGGGGCGAACCCUCAUUUCGGCGGUGUCGCGCUCGAGACGGACCCGUCUAGGCCCCGAGGAUGUAAGCACGCUCGCUCUCGGUGCGGUGCAUUGGCAAAGACGGGACAAGAGCGGCAAACUUGCUCGUUUCGUGCGAUCCUCGGUGCGUUGCGGCGCUUCCCCCCUCUGCGUUUGUGCUCGCUCGCAUGUAGGUGCUGCAUUUCUCACAGAGUGGCUCAUAGUGGGCGCUUUUGCCAUCGUUCUUCACCCCCUUCGCGGCCCGUGCCAGUGGAGAAUUGCGGACGGACGGGCAGAUUGACUGACACACGGUUAACCUGCCGCCGACACAGCCUCAUAACACUGCUGUACUGGCAGGUCUGGCGGCCAAAGAUUUCUCUGGUGGUGCUGGCCAUAGCGCCAUGGCUCAGACCCUUCAGAUGGCGAUCCCAAACUUCGGCAACAAUGUCCUGGAGUGUUUGAACGAGCAGCGGCUGCAGGGGCUGUACUGCGACGUGUCCGUGGUGGUGAAAGGCCACACCUUUAAAGCCCACCGUGCCGUGCUGGCGGCCAGCAGCUCCUACUUCCGUGACCUUUUCAACAGCAGUGCGGGCAGCAAAACCCCUACGGUGGUGGAGUUGCCCCCGGCCGUACAGCCACAGAGCUUUCAGCAGAUCCUGGCCUUCUGCUACACCGGCCGCCUCAGCAUGAAUGUCGGAGACCAGUUUCUGCUCAUGUACACGGCUGGCUUCCUCCAGAUCCAGCAGAUUAUGGAGAAGGGCACGGAGUUCUUCUUGAAAGUCAGCUCGCCCAGCUGUGAUUCACAGGGCCUCCAUACUGAAGAAACCCCUCCAUCGGAGCCUCAGAGCCCCGUUACCCAGACGGCGGCGGGUGCAGCGGCUAACGGAGGAGGCGGGGUGAUGGCUACGGCAGCCAGUCGACCUGCUUCCUGCUUGACCCCGUUGCCCCUCAUCUCUCGGGUGAAGACAGAGCAGCCGGAGGCUUCACCCUAUUCAGUGGUUUGCACGCCGGUGGCCAAGCGACUCUGGGAAGGAGGCAAUCGGGAAGGCGGCGGAGGCUCGGGUGCAGCCGGCGGAGGAGGGAUGAGGAAGGCGGCUCGCUUUUCCCAAGAAAUGGCACGCGGAAGCGCUAUUCAGCAGCAAGGUAGUAUGGGACUUGGUAUGGGUCUUGGAAUGGGCACAGGGGGUCAUGGUGGAGGCAGCAGCACCAAUGGCAACGGCACGAGCAGUGCCACCCCUGAAGGCACCAGCCCCGGUACUUUGAGUGCCUACGCCAGUGAUUCGCCCAUCUCUUACCAUGAUGAUGAGGAAGAAGAGGAGGCGGUGGAUGACGGCACUGAAGAGCAGUACAGGCAGAUCUGCAACAUGUACACCAUGUACAGCAUGCUCAACGUGGGUGCUACAGCGGGUGAACGUGUGGAGGCCUUGCCGGACCACUCAGAGACGCGGCCCAGGAUGCGUGGCCGACAGGAUCUUGCCUCUCUCCCCGCUGAGCUCAUUGCUCAGAUUGGCAACCGCUGUCAUCCCAAACUCUAUGAGGAAGGUGACCCUGCAGAGAAACUGGAGCUAGUUUCAGGCACCAGCGUGUACAUCUCACGAGCUCAGCUGAUGAACUGUCACGUCAGUGCGGGGACCAGACACAAAGUCCUUCUGAGGAGGCUGCUGGCUGCUUUCUUCGACAGGAGCACUCUGGCCAACAGCUGUGGAACCGGCAUCCGUUCCUCCACCAAUGACCCCAGCCGUAAGCCGCUGGACAGCCGAGUGUUGCAUGCAGUCAAGUUUUACUGCCAGAACUUUGCCACCAGCUUUAAGGAGAGCGAGAUGAAUGCCAUCGCGGCGGACAUGUGCACUAACGCUCGGCGCGUGGUGAGGAAGAGCUGGAUCCCCAAGCUGAAGCUACUGAUGGCAGAGGGCGACGCUUAUGCCAAUUUCCUCCCCGACAGCAUCAAGAUGGAAGCGGACGGCCUCAGCGGUGAGCCUGCCUUCGAGGCGGCGAGCCUGGAGGGCGGUGCUUCGGUGGAGACCGGAGGAUCCUCGGGCGAGUCUCUGCAGGGUGUGAACGGAGACAACGGCACUUUGUUUCAGUGAGUGAUGCGGCGAGGAAAGCCCUGCCCCAUCCCCUCUGCCGCCCCACCUCCUACCUGCCUCCCACCCCGCUGCGUGACUCUGGGCUCUGCUGCUUCUGCCUGGGAUGGGAAAGGGAGAUUCGGGAAGGAGAUUGGAGGAGAUUGCAUGGUCUAGUGACGGGAGGAACACAAGGGGUUUAAGCCAGGGGCGCCAUUUUCUUUUCAAUCAUUUUUGUUUUUGCUGAAUAACCCUCUUUUGCACAGAAGAUCCCCUUUGCCGCCACGCUCGGCAAGUAAAUCUAGUCACCGAUGCUAUAGGAAUGCAUAAUUAGGAAAAGUUACUGCGACGGGAGGUCCGAGGUUCCCUGAUCUCACUCUACUGAAUUUGAAUGUAUUCGUGAUUUUGUAGCACCUGGCUAUGUCAGACUAGCCGAUUGUAUUUGGCCCAGGAGAGAGACAGGAAAAAUGCUUGUCAUAAGAUCUGAAGGAACAGCAGAUGGAGAAAGUAGUGAGGGAGGAGAGGAGAAAGAGAAGUAGGUGGCAUAUUCUGUCUCUCGUUCUGUCUAAAAUGGAAAGAAUCUGAUAUCCUCCUCUCCUUCCAUUCCUCCCAAAAUAUAUGUGGGAUCUUAGUCUGCCACUUUCUUUGUUUUUUAUGUCGCCGUACUUGUUCCACUGUGUGAAUCCAGAGUUGAUGAAAGAUGAUUAAGGACUGUAAAGGAUAAAAAUAUAUUUAUCUGCUCGCACCUUCAGAGCUCAAGAGAGAGGGAUUGUUUUAAAAUCUCUUUUUGUGUUUUUAUUUUUAUUUUUUAAAUGUUUCUCAAGAGACACCUUGUUAUUGGGCUUUAAAUGGAAAUUGUGAGAAAAAUAAGGACUAUUUUUGCAUAAGAAUUAUCUUACAUUUCAAAGACUGGUGCUUGGUUUGUAUCUCGUCACCAUCGUGUCCGUAGCUGAAUUCGAUUGGCCGUUUUGACCAGUGAUGUACGAUUUGCGGCUCUCAUCGAUUAAAGGGAUAGUUUAUCCAGAAAUGAAAAUUCUGUCAUUUACUCACCCUCAUGUUGAUCCAGACCUGUGUGACUUACUUUUUUGCGAACACAAAAGAGGUGUUUUUAUUAUUUGUUUUCAUUCAGUGAAAGGCCAGUAGGAUUCAGUGUUGUAUUGGACUUUGCUGACUUUCAUUGUAUGCACGUAAAAGUGUUCUUUAAAAAUAUCUUCUAUGUUCCG